AUGGAUCCUGAUAUUACGACUUUCAAAGUCACGAUCAACACAAUGAUGGACCAGUUACAGAUAUUCGCGAGUGAAGUAUCCCGAGUGGCACGCGAGGUAGGAACAGAUGGUAUCCUGGGUGGCCAAGCCCAGAUAGUCGGGGUGCAUGGCGUCUGGAAGGAGCUCACCGAUAAUGUGAAUGUCAUGGCAUCUAACCUUACAAACCAAGUCCGGGAGAUUGCCCUUGUUACGACAGCUGUCGCUCAUGGUGACCUUAGUCAGAAGGUUGAACGGCCUGCUAGGGGUGAGAUCUUCAAUCUUCAGCAAACAAUCAACACGAUGGUGGACCAGCUUCGUACAUUUGCCAUGGAGGUCAAUCGUGUGGCGCGAGAUGUUGGAUCUGAAGGCGUCCUUGGUGGACAAGCACAGAUCUAUGGCAUCCAAGGAAUAUGGAGUGAACUUGCUGUUAAUGUCAAUGCUAUGGCGAAUAACUUAACAACACAAGUUCGAGACAUCGCCAUGGUAACAACUGCAGUCGCAACUGGUGACCUUACACAGAAGGUUCAAGCGGAAUGUAAAGGCGAAAUUCUUGCUCUGAAAGAAAUCAUCAAUUCAAUGGUCGACCAGCUCCGACAAUUCGCACAAGAAGUCACGAAGAUAGCGAAAGAGGUUGGAACAGAUGGUGCUCUCGGGGGUCAAGCCACAGUUCAUGAUGUUGAAGGAGUCUGGAAAGACUUGACAGAGAAUGUCAAUCGGAUGGCAAUGAACCUGACGACCCAGGUGCGUGAAAUUGCAGAUGUUACCACUGCUGUCGCCAGGGGUGAUCUUACGAAAAAGGUGACCGCCAAUGUCAAAGGCGAAAUUGCGGACCUGAAGCACACGAUAAACGACAUGGUGGACCGUCUGAACCAAUUUGCGUUUGAGGUCAGCAAAGUUGCACGCGAAGUCGGGAUUGAUGGAACGCUAGGCGGUCAGGCUGUUGUCGCUAAUGUCGAGGGCGAGUGGAAGACAUUGACGGACAACGUGAAUACAAUGGCUCAAAACCUGACCUUCCAGGUUCGAGCGAUCUCGGAAGUUACCCAGGGAAUUGCCAGGGGUGAUUUAAGUAAGAAGAUAGUGGUCCAUGCCCGGGGGGAGAUCUUAACUUUGAAAGAAACUAUCAAUGAUAUGGUACAUCAACUGGACCAGUUCGCUCAAGAACUCAAGCGGGUCGCACGUGAUGUUGGCGUUGAGGGACGAAUGGGGGGACAGGCAAACAUUGCUGGCAUGGGUGGUCGAUGGAAAGAGAUCACCGAAGAUGUUAACACUAUGGCCGACAACUUGACUUCCCAGGUUCGUGCGUUCGGGGAAAUCACAAACGCAGCCACAGAUGGAGAUUUCAGCAAAUUGAUCACAGUCAGCGCAUCUGGGGAGAUGGACGAGCUCAAACAAAAGAUCAAUAAGAUGGUCUCAAGUCUACGCGACAGUAUUCAGCGCAAUACGGCGGCGAGAGAAGCAGCUGAACUCGCUAAUAGAAGCAAAUCAGAAUUCCUUGCUAAUAUGAGCCACGAGAUCCGAACGCCAAUGAAUGGUAUUAUUGGCAUGACGCAGUUAACCCUGGAUAUGGACAACCUGCUACCAGGUGCAAGAGAGAUGUUAAAUGUUGUCCAUGGUCUUGGGAAUAGCUUGCUCACGAUCAUCGAUGAUAUCCUGGAUAUCUCAAAGAUUGAAGCAAACCACGUGGUCAUUGAAGAUAUUCCUUUCAGCCUCGGCAAUAUCGUCUUUAACGCCUUGAAGGCCCUUGCAGUCGAAGCCAAUGAAAAGGCCCUAAGCCUCUCUUACAGUGUUGACAACUCGGUGCCUGACUUCAUUGUUGGGGACUCUUUCCGGCUCCGGCAAAUCAUACUCAACCUAGUCGGGAACGCCAUCAAAUUCACCGAGCAUGGAGAGAUCCAACUUACUGUGAAGCAACAGAAAUUAAGACGAUGUGAUCCCGAUGAAUGUAACCUUGAGUUCACUGUUUCAGAUACCGGAAUUGGUAUUGACGAUAGCAAGCUCGACUUGGUUUUUGACAAAUUUCAGCAAGCCGAUGGUUCAACAACCAGAAGAUUUGGUGGCACAGGCCUUGGCCUGUCGAUAUCAAAGAGACUAGCAAACCUGAUGGGUGGCGAUAUAUGGGUCACAUCAGCUGUGGGUUCCGGUAGCACCUUUCAUUUCACAUGCACCGUUAAGCGAGGGAUGUUGUCUCGCGAGGCUAUGUCCCAGCGGUUGAUGCCUUACCGGGGCCACGGGGUCCUUCUUCUUACAGAGGGCUAUGACCAUGGCCUUUUAGAAAAGAUAUGUGACAUGUUAACAGAACUCGAGCUUCAUCCAAUUAUGAGUCCGACCAUACGAGAACUGGCACAAAGAAACGCUGAUCCAUCUGAAGCGGAAACAGCUUCCCAAUCUGAAGUCGUCCUGUUUGAGACUAUGGAGACAUUGAUUGGUUUAAGAGCCUUGGACAACUUCAAGUCGGUUCCUGCCGUCCAAAUAGGACCUGCUAUGUCGGUAAGCAUGAAGGCAGCACUGGAUCUAAGCAUCACCUCAUAUGUGACAACGCCCUGCCAUUUGAUCGAUCUUGGAAAUGGCAUACUUCCUGCAUUCGAGAGCCGACCGUCGCGUACCACCACAGGACAGACAUAUUCUUUGUCAAUCCUGCUGGCGGAGGACAACGAGGUCAACCAAAAGGUAGCGGUUAAAAUACUUGAGAAGCACAAUCAUCAUGUUGUUGUUGUCGAUAAUGGUCUGGAUGCCUUUGUGCAAGCCAAAAAAGGGCAAUUUGAUGUGAUCUUGAUGGACAUUCAAAUGCCAGUCAUGGGUGGGUUUGAAUCCACCUCUAAAAUUCGGGACCAUGAACAUUCGAACCAUCUGUCACGCACGCCAAUAGUUGCUCUCACCGCCCAUGCGAUGUUUGGCGAUCGCGAGAGAUGCAUUGCGGCGGGAAUGAACGGCUAUCUCUCGAAGCCUCUUAAUCCAGAUCGCAUGAUACAGGUGAUCCUCAAAUGUGUCGGAGAGAAACAGCACUCGGAGAUGAAUAUAACCUGUGCCGAAUAA